AUGGGAGCUUCACAGUCCAGCGGGAAGGUUACCAAGAACGACAAGGCGAUCCUCGACUUGAAAGUACAGAGAGAUAAACUGAAACAGUAUCAGAAGCGGUUGACUGUGAACCUGGAGACGGAACAGAAUGCGGCCAAACAAGCCCUCACCUCGGGGAACAAGUCACGAGCUCUGACGGCGUUGAGACAAAGGAAGUUCCAGGAGAGCUUGCUUAUAAAGACAGAUGGGCAAUUACAGACGAUAACCGAGUUGGUCCGUCCCACUCAUCUCUUCUUGCAAUACCUCUGUGAUAUCGGAGGACUCUCGACGAUCGAGUUCUCGCAACUACAGAAUCAGGUACUCCUAUCCCUCCAGAACGGAUCACAAGUGCUAGGCGAGCUGCAGAAGGAGAUGAGCCUCGAACGAGCGGAAUCUAUUGUGGAUCGGGUUGGGGAAGGUGUCGCCGCUCAGCGGGAAAUCGACGAGGCGUUGAUGAGCAAGAUGUCACCCGAAGAAGAGGAAGCGGUUCAAGCAGAAUUCGCUCAGCUCGAACGAGAAGCUCGUGGGGAGACAGUCGAGGACGUCGAAAAGAGGCAAAAGAUCGAGGAUCGUCUGCCCGCUGUACCAUCGACGGUCCCCCAGGUGGAUACGGACGAGGCGUACGAGGUGGAUCGGGUCAGGCAGAACAGACAGCGGGAGGAGGAUCUAAAGACGAUCGCCUUGCCCAGCUGA